UUUUAUUAAUUAUCAUGAACAAUGAAAUGACACCUUUCUUUUAGAGAUAAGCUCCUUACAUUUAAGGUCCUCCCAAAUAAUAGUAAUUUGGAAGAAAAGAUAAACAAUAAUGGAUGGAUUAAUAAAACAGGAAACCAGAGUAAAGUAAUUAUAAAAAAAAAGAAGGAAAAUACAAACAGAACAAUUAAGACUAUCAUUAAGAAUAACAAUCAUAUUAUUAUCCAAAGAAUACUAUUGAUAAUGAAAAUUUAAAUUAACAAUAACAAUAAUUCACUUAUGAAUAUUAGUAUAAAAAUCAAGAUUAAGAUCAAAAGAAUGAAAAUUAUUCAUAAAAAAUUUAGGAGAAUUCUUAUCCCUAAUUUAUAGAAGAAUAAAAACCAAAAUACAGAGAAGAAAAGUAGAAUAUUGAAUAUGUAGAAAAAUCUAAAUUGUAAUAAAAUCAAAAUAAAUCAUAAUAUUAUGACUAAAAUGAAUCUAUUUCAUAAUCAAAUUAGUAAUCAUAACAAUAAUAAUAUUAAUUUUAACAAUAACAAUAUUAAUAAUAAGAAUAAGUAUCAUAAAAUUAAUAACAAUAGUAAUAAUAAAAAAAAUAGAUUUAAUAAAAUUAAGAAUAAUUAAAUUAAUAAAAUGUUACUUUAAAUAAAGAAUAGCCAACACCAUAGCCAACACCAUAGCCAACACCAUAGCCCACAUAAAUAAUUUAAACAUCUACACAAGUGUAAUUUCCAUAAAAUAUGUUUUCACCUGUUGCACAAUCAAAUCCCUUUGCUAUGUAGCCACAAUAACCUUAACAAAUUCAGUAUUGAUUCUAAUUUAUUAAGAAUAGAUAGGGAUAAAUGAAUCCAACUACUCCAUAUGUAGUUUAAUAUUUAAUAUACCCUAACAAAUCAGGAAAGUAUGUAUAAUUUUAAUUUUCAUUGACUUAAGUAUUAUAUAAAUUAGAAUUUUAGGAAGAUUUAGAUGAAAAUUAUAAAGUCUUAAAAGCAUAACUUGAAUGCCAAAAUAAAUAAAAUAUUUGAUAAUAU